CGACUUGUAAACGUUUAAGUGAAGCUUUAUUAAUAUACGAUCUUCGCUCGCCCUCAGUCAGCUGAAUUUGAGGGGCGUGGCGGAGAACACGUUUGCUAGCGACCGCUAGUCAAGUUUGUGUGUAGGUUAGAUGGUUCAACACGGCCGUAGCAACACAAGCAGCACUGUCUGACAGCGUGAACCGGAGCUGAGAUGCGAACGUAGCCGUUAGCAAGCGAGCCAGGCCGAGGAGAGCUGGCUGGCUGGCUGUCUCCGUCAUCCAGACAGGAGCAUAAAUGUUUCACGCAAACCGGUUUACCGAGUUGGUAGUCGACGCUGGAGAGGAUGCGCAAGGACGUCAGGAUAUUAUUAGUGGGAGAGCCCAAGGUGGGGAAGACCUCUCUCAUCAUGUCCCUGGUCAGCGAGGAGUUCCCAGAUGUGGUGCCCUAUCGAGCUGAGGAAAUCACCAUACCUGCAGAUGUCACACCAGAGAGAGUUCCAACACACAUUGUGGACUAUUCAGAGGCAGAGCAGACAGAUGAGCAGCUGUUUCAGGAGAUCUCCAAGGCAAAUGUGAUUUGCAUUGUCUACUCUGUCAACAACAAGAAGUCCAUAGAGAAGGUGACCAGCCACUGGAUUCCCCUCAUUACUGAGAACACGGACAAGGACAGCAGGGUACCGCUGAUCCUGGUGGGGAACAAGUCGGACCUGGUGGAGCACAGCAGCAUGGAGACCAUACUACCCAUAAUGAACCAAUACAGUGAGAUAGAGACUUGUGUUGAGUGUUCGGCAAAGAACCUGAAAAACAUCUCAGAGCUGUUCUACUACGCCCAGAAAGCAGUUCUGCACCCCACCGGUCCCCUCUACUGUCCAGAGAAAAAAGAUAUGAAGCCGCUUUGUGUAAAAGCUCUCACCCGAAUCUUCAAAGUGUCGGACCUAGACAACGAUGGGAUUCUCAAUGAUAAUGAGCUCAACUUCUUCCAGCGGACAUGCUUCAACACCCCACUGGAACCUCAGGCGUUGGAGGAUGUAAAAAACGUGGUGAGGAAGAAUUUGAAUGAUGGAGUGUGUGAUAACGGACUCACUCUGAAAGGUUUCCUGUUCCUCCACACCCUGUUCAUUCAGCGAGGUCGUCAUGAAACAACCUGGACAGUGCUGAGGAGGUUCGGAUACGACGAUGACCUGGAGUUAAAUCAGGACUACCUCUUCCCACCAUUGAAAAUUCCUCCAGACUGCACCACUGAGCUCAACCACAAUGCCUACCUCUUCCUCCAGAGCAUCUUUGACAAACAUGACAAGGACCGUGACUGUGCCUUGUCACCAGAGGAGCUGAGGGACCUGUUUGAUGUUUUUCCCUACAUGCCCUGGGGUCCAGAUGUCAAUAACACAGUUUGCACUAAUGACCAGGGUUGGAUCACCUACCAGGGCUAUCUCUCCCAGUGGACGCUAACAACAUAUCUUGACGUCCAACGAUGCCUGGAGUAUUUAGGUUACCUUGGUUACUCAAUAAUUGCUGAGCAAGAGUCCCAAGCAUCAGGAAUUACAGUGACCAGAGAUAAGAAGAUUGACCUGCAGAAGAAGCAGACCCAGCGCAGCGUCUUUCGCUGUAAUGUCUUUGGAGACAUUGGCAGCGGCAAGAGUGGUUUCCUCCAGGCUUUCCUGGGCAGAGACCUCAUGCGCCAAAAAAUGAUUAGAGAGGAACACAGAUCCUACUAUGCCAUCAGUACAACAUAUGUUUACGGGCAGGAGAAGUACCUUCUUCUUCAUGAAGUGUUCCCUGACAUUGACUAUCUAUCUGAUGCUGACAUGGCCUGUGACAUUGUCUGCCUGAUCUAUGAUGUUAGCAACCCUUACUCCUUUGAAUACUGCGCCAAAGUCUUCAAGCAAUACUUCAUGGACAGCAAGACACCAUGUAUGAUGAUAGCAGCGAAAUCAGACCUGCCAGAGAUCAAACAGAUGUACGGCUGCAGUCCUCUGGAGUUCUGUAGGAGGCAUAAGAUGCCACCUCCCCAGUCCUUCACCUGUAACACAGCUGCAGCACCCAGCAGAGAUAUCUACACCAAACUUGCCACUAUGGCCAUGUACCCCCACGCCCGGCUGCGCUGCAUGUGCACUUGUAACCGGUGCACCUUCUGCUUGUGUCAGAACUUCCUCAACUCUGAACUGCUGCAGACGGUCAGGGCCAAACUCUACGCUGUCGUACUCAGAAGACACGUAAGCCAGGCAGACCUGAAGAGCUCAACCUUCUGGCUCAGAGCGAGUGUCGGGGCCACAGUGUUUGCAGUGCUGGGCUUCACUAUGUACAGAGUGCUGCUCAAGCCACGGUGAUCCUUGGGCACUCGGGUCCAACCUCCUUUACCCAUAGUACAUAUGAAGCUAUUUUGACCAAUCAUAACAUUAGAUUUUUGCCUUUGGAUUAAGGAAAUAAAACAUUUAUGGAAAAUCUGUCAUGGGUUUGUAGUUUAAUAGAAAAAUAGAAUAGAUUUUGUUUUUGCGGGAACAAAAUGUGUGCAAACUUACCUUAGCAAACGUUCAUGUUGUGCAUUUUCAUUCCACUGUAAUUUGCUCUCUUUGGGGAUAAAAGAGGAAAAUAUUUAAUUUUGUAUCAAAAUCGCUACUUUGCUUAAUCUGUCUGUCUGCAAGUAUUUGCAAAGUAAAGUAAUAUAUUUAUAUUUAUAUAAAAACCAUAAAGGUAAGCUGCUGGUGAGUCGUAGUGAGGUAUCUGUGAGUGAGUUACAAAUAUAGCUAUUUUUUUGGUUGCUUGCUGAUUGAAACGAUGAACAGCCUGGUGUCUCUUGUAAUAGGGGUUGUGAUGUGUGGGGUGUGCAGUAGAACUGAAGCUUUUAUUAGACUGACCAACAUGUAAAUGAUGUAUAUAACAUAGUGCACUGUACAUUUGUCGGUCCAGAAGAGCCAUGUCUAAUAGCCAGGUCAUGAACUUGCACAAAACAUAAGCAAUGAUUACUCACAUUGACAGAACUCUGAUUUGUCUUUCAUGGCCAAAUGCUUGGAUGCACAUUUUUUUAUUUUUUCAUGUUUGUACAUCUGAGCAUGUCAGUGUUUCAUCAGUAGAUGUGAUUGCGUGGCAUGAAGGCUGCACUCUCUCUCUUGUCUUCACAUCACUUUAUUUGUCAGCUCGUGUGUGUGUGUUUACAAGAUAUUGAAAAUUUACUCUGUAAAGCCAUUCUGUACAUUUUUUGUUUGCAUGCUUCGGAAUUUCUGACCACAUUCCAGUAUUUCAAGACAUACUUUACAAAAAAUGGCCGCGCCAACUUCUCUACAUUGCUUGCAAGUGCCGAAUAAUCCAGGGUUGUAGUGGAGUUGUUGAGUGCUGAACAGAGGAAAUUUGAGUCUUGAGUCAUAGUGAAGUUUGACUGUCAUUUGAUCCUUGUUGUGAUUCCCGGUUGCACAACAUGCAAAAAUAUGGCCCCAGAUGUUAAUUUCAAUACAACUGUUACUGCUUGCCACAAGGUUCAGUUUGAUGUAUUCACUCGGCCCUGCCUUUCCAAAAGUUUACAAUAAAUAAAUAUGUCUAUUACAUCUGG